AUGUUGCUAGUUGAAGUCAAUUUAACAGAGAAAAGUUAAAUGAGAAGAUCAAGAACUAAUUUUGAAAUGUAAUUUCAUCCUUUAUUUAAAAAAAGGGAUGAUUAAAUGAAUGAGAUAAUGACAUGUUAUGAAAGCGUUUUAAAUUGUUUUGAAUCCUUCUUUAGAACCUUGAGAGCCUGGUUACCAUGCUGUUGUUGUUGCUUUCCAUAUCCAUAUUAUGAAAUAACACAAUGAUCCAAGGGAUUGUUAUAAAAGUUUGGAAAAUAUUAAAGGACCUUGGAACCUGGGCUACAUGAAUUCAAUCCGUAAUCUAUUUAGACUAUCCCUUAGCCUUACAGAUAGAAUUGAUUUAGAGAGAUAACUCAUUUUGACUAAAGACAAUAUCAAUGUCAAUAUUGAUACAAUUGUAUAUUAUAGAGUUGUAGACGUUUGUAAAUCAGCCUAUAGAGUCAAAAAAUUGUUGAAGCAAUUAAAGAAAUAACAUACGCGGCAUUAAUAUAUAUUGAUUUAAGACUCCUCGAACAGUUGCUGGUGAACACAAUCUAUCGGAUAUAAUUGAGAAUAGAUAAAAGAUUGCUGAUGAAAUAGAGGGUUUUGUAUUUGAUGUUGUAUCAGAGUGGGGUAUAUUUCACUGUCUAUUUAUAUUAGGAAUCUUCUUAGAGCAUUUUUUCAUUAAGGAUAUGUAAAUGGGAGGUGAAUUAUAAAGUUCAUUACAAAUGCACCCAAAGCCUAGAAAUUAGCUUAGUCCAAAAUUAUUUCAGCAAAAGUAUUGUUAUGUUAAACUCUAGAGUGAUGUUGAAGCUGCUAAACUCAUGAGAGAGGCUGCUGAUAUGUUAGAUUCUAAGGCAGCUAUGUAAAUUCGAUAUUUUGAAACUACUUAACUUAUUGCAAAAAACAAAAAUCCAAAAAUAUUGUUUUUGUCUAUGGAUUAGACUUAAAAAAAAUGA